UGCAGCGAUGCGGAUCGUUAUUAUAUUUUAUUACCUUUACAGCUUGCAAAAUGGUAAUUCGAUUAUGUGUCAAAAUAAUGAAUCAAAUCAAAUGUAUAAAGAACAAUUUGAAAUUUUCAAGAAAAAAAACAAUAGAAGCUAUACACGUUCCUAUGACGAAGUGCGCAGCUAUGAAGCCUAUGAGGAAAAUCAAAAAAUUGUCAACGAACAUAAUACGUAUUACGAAACUGGAAAAAGCACCUUUAGAUUAUCAACAAAUACAUUGGCUGACAUGAAUACCGAUUCAUACCUCAAAGGAUAUUUACGUUUACUACGGAGCCCAGCGAUUUCGAAUUUGGACAAUAUUGCCGACAUAGUGGGCUCAACGCUGAUGAAUAAUGUUCCAGAAAGUUUUGAUUGGCGUAAAAAGGGAUUUAUUACACCAUCGUAUAAUCAACAAAGCUGCGGCUCCUGCUAUGCGUUCAGUAUAGCUCAAAGCAUAGAAGGGCAAGUCUUCAAGCGCACCGGUAAAAUACUGGGCCUAAGUGAACAACAAAUCGUGGAUUGUAGUAUAUCACAUGGCAAUCAAGGCUGUAUAGGGGGAUCACUACGGAACACGCUAAGAUAUCUGCAGGCUACCGGAGGUCUUAUGCGAUCGCUUGACUACAAAUAUGUGUCAAAGAAAGGAGAAUGCCAAUUCGUAAGCGAACUAGCUGUAGUCAAUGUCACAUCAUGGGCAAUUCUACCGACAAAGGAUGAAAACGCUAUUCAAGCAGCUGUGGCACACAUUGGUCCAGUUGCAGUCUCCGUCAACGCAAGUCCAAAAACCUUUCAACUGUAUAGUGAGGGCAUUUAUGACGACAUAUCCUGUACAUCAACCUCUGUAAACCAUGCCAUGCUACUGAUUGGCUUUGACAAAGACUUUUGGAUUCUUAAGAACUGGUGGGGAGAAUUGUGGGGUGAAUCUGGCUUUAUGCGAAUGCGUAAAGGUAUUAAUUUAUGCGGGAUUGCCAAUUAUGCAGCUUAUGCAAUAGUAUAAUCCGGAGAAAGGGAAAUGUCGCCAUAAUUACAGGCAAUGUUUGAACACAACUAAACCUGCUUUAAUGUGUAGAUUAAUUUGUAUAAUAUUAAUGUUCAAUAAAAUCAUAUUGGAUGUGUCCAACAUGCGAACGGAAAUAUGUACACAAGUAUGUAUGGUAUUUACAGCCUGCAAUCUCGUUUGUCCAAUAACUUAAUUUAAUUUGCAUGCCA